AUGGCAAUGCUUCAAACCCAUGGAGACUUUUGUACAAUAGAUCAAGUGGAAGAGCUGAAAGCGUUAAUCAGAGUGAUACCGGUCUGGUCUACGGGAAUCAUAAUCGCUGUGACAUAUUCUUUGGAUUCUUUUGCAGUUAUUCAAACAAGUACCAUGGACCGACAUAUAACUCCAAAGUUUGAUAUUCCAGCAGGUUCAUUUGGUGCGUCUGUGAUCAUCACUUUUGUAGUAGGGAUUGCUUUGUAUGAUCGGAUAAUUCUUCCUUUAGCAUUAAAAAUGAAAGGGGAACCGGUUUGUCUUAGUUUUAAGCAAAGAAUGGAGACCGGACUUCUUUGCUCUUGUGCAGCCAUGGUUUCAUUAACAGUUGUGAAGUAUAUUCGACGAGAAAUUGCAAUCCAAGAAGGGCUUUCGGAUAAACCACAAGCCAUGGUGCACAUUUCUGCACUAUGGAUUCUGCCAUAUGCUAUCAUGUCCGGCUGGGCUUCGGAUUUCAAUGGAAUUGGACAGACAGAAUUCUUUUACUCUGAACCAUGUCCAGUGUUGCAGCCAAUCUUCAAAUGUUAG